AUGGGGGAGGGCGUGAAGGCGCUGCUGGCGAAGCCGAUCAAGCUGGCGGACCAGGUGGCCAAGCAGUCGGGCUCCGGCCAGUGCCUCCGGCCCGAGUGCAAGGAGCUGCGCGCGCGGGCGGAGAAGCUCGCGGAGGUGCUGCGGCAGGCGGCGCGGGCCGACCUCUACGAGCGCCCCGCCGAGCGCAUCGUCGCCGGCACCCUGCAGGCGCUGGCCAAGGCCGGCGGCAUGUCGGCCAGGUGCUUCGAGAGCCACUCCCGCCUCCGCCGCUUCCUCACCUUCAACCCCGUCUCCGGCUUCCCGCGCACCCUCGCGCUGCUCGACACCGCCGUCGAGGACGUCGCCUGGCUCAUCCGCAUCUCCUCCCCGCGCGCCGACGCCGACGCCAACGGCAACGGCGCCCACGACGACGACGACGACCUGCGCGGCCUCCCCAACAUCGCGCAGAACGAGCCCAUACUCUUCCUCAUCUGGGACCACAUCGCGCGCCUCCACACCGGCAGCCUCGCCGUGCGGGCCGACUCCGCCUCCACCCUCGCCUCCCUCGCCCGGGACAACCCCCACUUCUCCAAGCUCAUCGUCGAGGAGGACGGCAUCGCGCCCCUCGUCAAGCUGCUCAAAGAAGGGACCGACGACGGCCAGGAGGCGGCCGCCACGGCGCUCGGGUUCCUUGGGCGCGACGAGGGGAGCGUGGAGAAGCUUCUCCAUGCCGGGGUCUGCUCCGUCUACUCCGCCGCGUUGAAGGAGCCGCCGAUGCGCGUGCAGGCCGCGGCCGCCGAGGCCAUCGCGUCGCUGGCGCACCAGAGCCCGAGAUGCCAGGACUUGUUCGCGCAGAACAACGCCGUCCGGCACCUCGUCGGCCACCUCGCCGCCGGAACCAUCCAAGAGCACAGCAGGUACUCUGUCGGAGGAAGCAGCACCCGGCACGCUGCACCUCCUCCGCCGGAGCACAUGAGGUCGCUUCACUCUGUCGUGCUCGCCAGCACACCCAGCAUGCUCCCAGGAAUCUCUGGUCACUCCGCCAACGAACCGUCGAGCUCGUCGGAAGGCUCGAACGGACGCAACAACCAGAUGCACUCCGCUGCAGCCGGCAGGACAACGACGAGCCGGGUCACGGCUCCACCACCCAGUAGGCCCCAGCUGAGCUCGAACGGCUCGAACGGCCGUGGACCGCGCGAGACCGAGGACCCGGCCACCAAGGCGCACAUGAAGGCCAUGGCGGCGAAGGCCCUCUGGAAGCUUGCCCGCGGCCACCCGGGAGUCUGCAAGAGCAUAACAGAGUCCCGCGCGCUCCUCUGCUUCGCCAGGCUGCUCGAGAAGGGCGACGACGGCGCAGGCACGCACCUGCAGUACUACUCCGCCAUGGCGAUCAUGGAGAUCACCCGCGUCGCCGAGCACAAGCUCGCGCUACGGCAGUCGGCAUUCAAGCCCAGCUCGCCGCCGGCCAAGGCCGUGGCGGAGCAGCUGCUCUGCAUUGUGCGCAGGGGGGAGUACGACGACCCGCUGCUGCUCCCGUGCAUCACCUCGCUGGGCUGCCUGUCGCGCACCUUCACGGCGAGCGAGACGCGCGUGAUCGGCCCGCUGGUGCGGCUGCUCGACGACCGCGAGCCCCCGGUGGCCAAGGAGGCCAUCGUGGCGCUCACCAAGUUCGCGUGCACGGAGAACCACCUGCACGUGAACCACUGCAGGGCCAUCGUGGACGAGGGCGGGGCGCGGCACCUGGUCCAGCUCGUGUACCUCGGGGACGAGCUGCAGAUCGAGGCGCUCAUACUGCUCUGCUACAUCGCGCUGCAUGUGCCGGAGAGCGAGGAGGUGGCGCAGGCCGGGGUGCUCGCCGUGCUCCUGUGGGCGUCGAAGCAGCCGCAGUUGGUGCAGGACCUGCGCGUCGAGCGACUGCUGCCGGACGCCAAGGCCCGGUUAGAUCUCUUCCAGUCCAGGGGGUCGAUCAUCUAG